AUGGUCUACUCACAGACACGUGGCGGGCCGCUACUGAUAGCUUAUGCGGUUGACAGAGCGAUAUCACCGUUCUUCGGCGGUUUCAUCAAGAAAAAGGGAUCUUACUACCGAAGAAUAGGAAUCUUUUCGGUUUCGAUUUGCAUUUGUUCCGAACAAGGGGUUCAAAUUCCUCUUCCAGAUGCAUCGCUUUACAGUCCUCCCAAAGGCAAAGUCAUCAUUUUGAUAGCCUUAUUCGAAGCGGGUCUGCGUUUUCCUACUACAUACUUCUUCAAUCUAAUUAUCCGUGAGUAUGGGUUUUCUGUGAGGGAGCUGACCCCGAUUGCUAUAAAGACGAUAAUGGGUUUUGAACUCCUCUGUCAUGCCCUAAGCCUCCUGCCGACUGUUCCGACAUUUAAGUACUUCUUCAAUGCUUCCACUCAGUCGAGGACUUGGACCCUUUCUCGUCGGUGGGGACUCCCUACCCUUAUCCACGAUAAGAAGUCCAAGAAAAUCUGGCAUGAGAAGUUUCUAUGGGUGAACAACGACCUUGUGGUGCUUAGCUACCCAAGGACUAAGGCGUACGUUGACCGCUCUCCAACACUCUUUGGUGCUGACAAAGAACUGGCUGGUGUCCUAGAGAAGAUCAACAUCAAUGGUAAGGAUUGGCUUGAUUGCUUCUUGGCCACUGGCGAGAUGAGAGCCGCUUAG